AUGUCUGACUCCUCUGCUUUUGCUCCAGUCUCUGAUUCCUAUACAACAACUGUUCCUUUCGCGUGGCUCGACGAAAACGAUCUCGAGAAUCAGAUUUUCACUCUUGUGUCCGAGAAAGGAAACCAUGACCUCAACUUUACAGGUGUACCUCCUGAUAUAGGGCAAGCCCUUUUUGAUUUCCUUGACGAGAGAAUAUCAGCCCGAAUCAAAUCCUUAGAGUAA